AUGGACUACGUUCGAAAGGCUUCGGGGGCCCUCGAAGCCUCCCUCGGCGUGGGGUCCAGCACGGCGUCGGUCUUGACCUUCUUGCUGAUUCUCAUCAGCAUCUAUGUGACGCUGCAGAUUUUUCAAGUUGUGAGCGGCUCGGGGACUCGGUCGCGGCGCUCACGGGGAAAUGCGGCUCUCAUUUUAGGCCCGUGCGGCUCGGGCAAGACCUCGGUGUUCUUCCGACUCCGGGACGGGGAGGAGGUUCAGACGGUCUCCUCCUUGGCGCCCGCACGCGACAGCUUUGAGAUCAAGGCCGGCGAGGCAGCGGAUCAGAAGCUUGGGCCCUUGGAGGUGGUGGACUUCCCCGGCCAUCUGCGAAUGAGAGGUAAGGCGAAUGACAUGGUGAAGGAGGCUCGAUGUAUAAUCUACUUGGUCGAUGCGGAAGACAAGCCCAAGUUGAAGGACGUGGCAGAGCAUUUCUACGAGCUCUUCACUCACCCCGAUGUGCUAGAGCUUCACACUCCCAUGCUGGUGGCCUGCAACAAGAGUGACUUGACAUCUGCGCGCACCGAGAAGUUCAUCGUGGAGGAAAUCGAACGGGAGAUUGAACAGAUGCGGGUGUCGCGUGCAGCGACUCUGGAGGGGCAAGAUCAGGCAGACAGCUACCUGGGUGUAGAUGGCGAAAAGUUCAAGCUUCUGGAGCAUGCUCCAUGCCCUAUACAAACAUGCAGAAUUUCAGUGAAGAAGAACCAACUGGAUCCCCUGUAUGACUUCCUUCUUCAGCAGUUUGCUUAG